AUGUCACAAGCCUACCAACAGUUGCGGUUAGACGAGGAGUCCAAGAAGUACACCACAAUUAACACUCAUAAGGGACUUUACCAAUAUAAUCGCUUACCUUUUGGCAUAUCCUCGGCCCCAGGUAUAUUCCAGCGGACACUAGAGAACUCACUUCAAGGUAUUCCAAGUGUCAUUGUGCGAGUUGAUGAUAUUCUGGGAGGCGGUAAAAACGAUGCAGAUCACCUAUCCAAUUUGAAUGCAGUGUUGACGCGACUGUCUUGAGCGGGCCUAAGAUUGAAGAAGAUCAAAUGUUGUUUCAUGUCAUCAGACGUGACAUAUUGUGGCUAUGGGAUAAACGAGAACAGAAUCCAUCCGGUGGUAGAAAAAGUCGAAGCCAUCACGAAAGCACCAGAGCCAGAGAACAUUAACCAAUUACGAUCAUUUCUUGGAAUGCUAAACUACUAUCACAGAUUCUUACCAAAUAUGGCAACGAUCCUUGAGCCACUACACAGACUACUACGACAGGGAACCAAGUGGGAGUGGGGAGAACAGCAGAAGGCGGCAUUUGACUAUGCAAAAGAGCUCCUACAGUCAGCUGACUUACUCUUCCAUUUUGAUCCGACCAAGCCGUUAAUCUUAGCGACUGAUCAUCCAUCGAAUCACGGAGUUGGGGCCGUUUUGUCACAUGUAUUUCCUGAUGGGACAGAAAAACCGAUACCGUAUGCCUCAAGGUCUUUAAAUGCAGCUGAGAAAAAUUAUUCGACAAUCGAAAAGGAAGCAUUGACCACGAUUUUCGGUGUUGAGAAGUUUCACAAAUUUCUUUACGGACAGUCAUUUACCAUCAAAACAGACCAUAAGCCAUUAGAAGGGUUACUCGGUUACUCAGCGACAAAAAAGGGCAGCACCACGAAUUCAACGAUGGGCCCUCACACUAGCAGCAUACGAGUACAAGAUACAAUAUAA